AUGUCUUCCCCGACUCGCCCCCAGUUCUUCUGUACUCGCCCAAAUGGCACCCUCACCCCCCUGGUCGCUGUGGAUGAGCUUCCCUCGCACAUUUCGAUCCGCGGAGCUCCCCGUGUCCUAUCGGCCAGUGGGACUCAAGGGAUGACCAGCCUUGGGACUGUGAAUCCGAGGACUCGGUGCUAUGUGGUGGAGGGCGCUACUCCUGUUGCGACUCGUGCGUCAUCUGCCGCCGCCAACGCAGCUGGUCACCGCACCCAUGACUACGACCUGCAGCUAGCUUUCAUGAGGCUCCUUUCCGAUGAAAGUCUCCCUACCAGCCAGCGUCUGGCGGUGACUUCUUUUCUGCAGCAGGGGGCCCCUCAGAAUUACUACUCCAGUCCUUCCAGUAGCACUUGGUUGGUCCCUAAUAGCGGCGGUGGAGCCGCUGGUCACAGUGGUCCCAAACAGGGUCCUCACUACAAUGCGAAGAAAGAGUACUGUUCGUACUGGAUUCGUCAUGGCGAAUGCGACUAUCAGCAGCAGGGAUGUCUUUACAAACAUGAAAUGCCCAACGACCCCGCCAUGUUGGAGAAGCUGGGCCUUCGUGACAUUCCUCGCUGGUAUCGCGACAAGUACGGCAUCCCCAGCCUGAUCCCCAACGGACAUGCUCACCCUCGUUCUCAUAUCAGCCAUGCUCUUCCCCCAGCCGACAGCGGGGCCUUCAGAGCGAUCCAGUAUCCGGCUCGUCUGGGAAUCAAUGGAGCGAUGGACGCCUCUGAAAUCGAGAAGGAGUCCAAAUACAAGGCAUCCGGCCAGCUUCUCACCCAGCAGUCGUCAAUUGCCCUCGCUGGCGCGUCCAGGCUGGCGUAUGACUCGACCAAGGGCCCGGUUCCUCCUAAGCAUGGAGCUAGAUAUGUUUCCAGCGAGGACAACUCAGCGAUGAAAAAGCUUGAUCUGUUGUCUUUUGAGCCUCUGCCGGAGUUUGCAGAACAGUCGACUAUGGAGCCCGCGCCUGGCAGCAUGAGCGCCCUCAACUAUCCGCGCCCUCGGGAGAUUGUCCCCUUCCCAAGCAGCAACAACCACCGCGAUGAGUUUGCCCGCAGUCUUCAAUCCCUCAUGCCAGCUUCCAUGGCCGGACCCUCGGAUUACCUGAUGACCAGUCCGUCUUUCAAGAACCAGGCGUCUCAGGGCCGCGCCAAAAAGACACCGAAGUCCCGUCGUUUGUACGGUUACCAGCCGCGCUCACAGCUCUCUGCGCUGGAUUCUGGGCACGAGACCGGUGCGGUUGAUGCCUUUGGAAACUUCUUGAUGAACUAUGCCACUACCUCCUCGAGCGUUGCAUCUCCGACUUCCCGGGUCACUUCCGGCUCGCACCUGGCCAGUCCAAACAUCGGGCCCGCUCUGGACAUGCCAGUCUCGGAGCCUCCUUCUCGUCAGGAAUCUCCAUCUAGCCCAUCUGGAACCGCUUCUUGCGAGUCAAGCCCCAGCAUCGCCCGUAAUCGCACCAGGGCCAAGCAGCCCAAGUCGGUUUUUGGUGCCAUCGGCAGCCGCAGAAUUCAUCGCCAGCAGUCAGACGGAUCAUCCGAAGACGACCUGCUCGGCCUGGCGAUGCGAGACGCGAGAUGA